AUGUCGACAAAUGAACGACUAUCAAUACGAAUAGACAGAGGCCAACGGCCAGCUGUCAAUUUCAACAGCUCCACUCAAUUUGUACAGAUCUACGUACCCCUGAAUACAAGUGUAAAUUACCAACCCAUCAGUCAAAAUGUUGGAAAUGGGUAUACGGUCAAAUUGCAAAGAAUGCAGCAGCAAUACAAAAUUUCCAUGCAGCACAAUCUCGAAAGGAAACCAGAGUUUGUGAUAUUUGCAUCAACUUCAGUGCAUGAUAAGGAAAUCAAGACUACUGUAAAAGAAGUGAAUACGAAGCUUCCAGAACUCACAAUUGCCGGAUCAAAUCUGGAAGUGUGUGGAAUUCUAAAAGGACACAAUUUGACUUUUGAGAGUACAGUAGGCACAAUGCACAUCUACGCGAAAAUCACAUGCACAGGCUCCUUAUCAGUACACUCGCAGAACAUUGUGAUAUCCACAGAAGCACUUUUGAGUACGGACGACUUUAAAGCAAUCUGUAGGAAACUUCAAAACGAUGGAAGAAUAUUCCCAAAGGACGUGGAGAAUUCAGAAAAUCAUAGGCCUGUUGGUGACACUCCCACUGGAGAUUCAAAACUGAUGAAAGUCGAUUUUUCUUGUAAUUUGGUUCAUAUUGGAGUUGAUGGAUCAGUAGGAGCAUUCAAAUCGGUUGUGGCUCAAAAUCUUCAACUAACCGUUGCGGGUGACCUGGCGAAUUAUGGAAAAAUUUUGGCGAAAGAUCAGAUUUUUCUGGAGAUUCAUGGCAACCAAAUGAGCUUGUCAGAUGGCUCUUUGGAUAGUGCUGGAAGAGGAUACAACGCGUUGAAAAAGUUGAGAAAAGUGGCUGAUCACAGUAUCUCAACCCCAUCCUCCAGUACCAUGCACAACGCGAUUCAGUCUCAAAACGCGUCGGUUGUCGCGAAUAUGAUCGAGAAAGGAAUCGAUUUGAAUGACACUUUUGAGAGGAGAAGGUCUAACAAAGUGACGCUGAAGCAGUCAGCAAUUGCUGAAUAUAAGGAAGCGAGGGAGAAGUCAAAGAUGAAUUCGGUGAGAGAAAGGAUCACACUGAUUAAUGCACUUUUUGUGGCACAUGAAUGGAGAAGAGGUUCGAUUCAAGCUAAUGUGAUUAAGGCCAAAAUCAGCAGAAACUGCGAAGACCUCGCUCAAUUUUCCGCAAAAAAUGUGAAGCUAAAAGUCGGUGGAACCGCGACAGUUGAAAAAGAUUCAAUCUGGAAUAGCACUUGGGUAGAGCUGGAAGCCAAGCAGCAUGUCUACUUUCAUGGACAGACCAAGACCAGAACUAUGGUUCUGCACUCGGAUGCCAAUAUUUACACAACCAAUGAGGCGAUUUUAUCAUUCGAGUUGUUUGUGAGAGUUGGCUGUGUUAAAUUUUCUUGUGAAGGAAUGUGGUGCGCUGGAGAGAGCUUGGUCAUCGAAACCAUUGGGUCCACAAUAUUCAAAGAAGGAUCCUACUUGGAGUCAGAAAAACUCGAGCUCGAAUGCAAAUCGACUUGCGAAAUGGACGGCACCUGGCAACUGACUUCUGCCUGGAUCCACGUAGCAGCCAUGUUUACCGUACUUCAGAACUCCAAAAUCUUCAUCGAGGAGUCCAUGAGUAUUUCUGCACUAUCUCUACACUUUUCUGGUUUUUGUCAUGUUACCGAGAGACUGGAACUGGUGCUUCAAGAUUCCGCUCACUUCUUUGGAAACUCUAGAAUGGAAAUUCAUGUGUUCCGACUGACAUGCAAGGGCUACUGUACUAUAGGAGGAUCGAUUGCGGUGACUGAUUUGACAAUUUAUGUCAGAAAUGAUCUAAUCACCACGUGUACUGGGAAAAUGAUGGUAGUGGGAUGUGCCGAUGUAGUUAAUGGAUGCUUCAGAAACGAUGCACUAUGGCAAAUCGAGAAGAAUCUCAAAAUGAUUACUGGAUCCAUUGAACAAUCGGAAGACGGUACCAUCUUUGUGAAGUACACCAUGAACCUGAUAAUUCAUGAGGAUAGUACAGAAAACUUUGGAGGACGUCUAGUAUCCAGUGAAAUCUUGCUGAAAUCCGUGAAGACUUGUGCAUUCGACGGAUUGGUCAGAUGUAACGAAAUGCAAGUCUCCCUGCCGUAUGUCGGAGAAUCAGUGGUCACUAUCAAAGGGCAAGUAGACAUUGUGGCCGGAAGUCUGACGGUGAAUGGAAAUUUACAAACAGUGUCAGAUGAGAAUAUGAAAGAGCCAGUGCCAGCUGGAUUGAUUUUGGGUUGCAACUUGACUGCAGCGGCGAUUGUCGCACCAUUUGCAUCAGUUCAUAUUACGGAGACAGCUAUAGUUCGCCUCAAUGGAAUCGAGUCCUACAAAACCGAGGAGUUCAACGUUCUUCUCAACUGCGGUGCUCUCUUCACCGAAAAAGAGUCAGUGAUCCUCUCGAUGGCUGAAGAGACUUCGAAAACUCGCAUCAAGUGUGAAGCUGUGAUCUGUGCUACUACAUUCUACCAUCGUGGACAGAUUCGAUUCUCUGGACAGGAAGUGAACAUAUUGGCUCCUGUUUUUGUUCAUGAAGGAAGAUUAACCAAUGUGGAAAACAAGCAGAAUCAUGUGAAAAAUCUGUUCAUUCAUAUUGGAGAGUUCCUCGUGAACAAUGGUAUUCUGGCGUCGGAUGUUCUGGAGAUUGUUGGAGAUGGAGUUCUAGAAAACACCAAUAGGAUAUAUGCAGUGGAGUCCAUGGAUAUUAAGCUGAGAAACUUCAAUAACGAUGAUGGAUUGAUCGAAUCGAAGAAUUCAAUGAAACUGUUGGCUGUGUCAAAAGAAUGGACCAAGCUGGGUGGAUCUAUCAAGGCCAAGAAGACUAUAGAUUUAUGUGCCAACCGUCUCAACGUGGCAAUCCGUAACAUCCAGAACCUAUCUAUCGACAAACGAAUGGUGUUCUCUGCCAAAACUGAUCUUCAAAUCUCAAGUGACGUCAUCGAUGAAUCCAAAGAGCUAUCAGUUGGAUGUGCCGCUCAACAAUCGGUUGGUAUCGGGUGCAAUAUGCAACUAGACCGUCUGGAAAUUCUAAUUGGAUCAGAAAAAGGAGAAGGACCUUCCACUUUUGCAGUCUACCAAAACGCAAGCAUCAUUGCUAACACCAUUUUGAUCACAUCUAAUAGUGAACAUGUGCAAGUUCUAUUCGAUGGAGAUGUUCAUUGCAAUCGUUUGAGAUUUGCCGGAAAAGUGAAGACAGUGACACUUAUUGGAUCUGGAAACUUGGAAUCUACUUACAUGGUUCUUUCAGACGCCUCUAUCGCUUUUGAAAUGUAUUCCAUAGUCAGAGUGGAUGAACUGCAAUGUGGAUCUUUUGAAGUUCUAAAUGAAAAUAUUCUACGGCUGGAAUCUUGUGAAGGAGAGGAUACAACAACUAUUGUGACAGAGGAUAUGAAUAUUGAAGGAACCCUCUUCCUCGAAAAGAAGUUGUUCAUCAAAUCCCGAGAAGGAGUGGUCCGGCUAAACGGAAACAUUCUCGGAUCCUCUCUCCAGAGUGAAAUAGCAUGUGAAUCCACAAAAAUGGUCGUUAAAGGACAACUUGGCAAUUUCAAAUACGUCGAGUUAUUCGCCAGGGAGAGCAUUUCUUUGCAAAAUGAGAAAAUUAGGAAUGUGGAGAAACUGUGUGUUGAGUGUGGAGAGUUGAGCAUCUACAAUGCUGAAGUUGAAAGUUGCCGGACUUUAAGCUUCAAUUGUGAUUCGCUGACAGCUUCUGGACAUAUUCAAGGUGACCACUUAACCACACUGGUCAUUCAUUCCACCAACAUCCACUCAAAGCUCGAUAUGGAGAAUCUCGAAAAACUUUCCAUUUUCUGUAAACGAAGCACCACUCUUAAAGGAACAUGGCAACAGAUUCAAGAAAUCCACGUGGAUUCUAAAUGGAUCAACAUCUCUUGCCAGGUAGAAGCAAGCCGAUUAGUUAAGCUGACAGCGUGGGCAAUAGCAAACACUGGACCGAUUCUAGCCGAGAUGGUUCAUGUCACUGCGCUAGGAGCGCUGAUCAACACUUCCGGAAUCCAAGCUGUUGAAGAUUGUCACAUCAUAGCCACGUUCAUCCUAUCAAUGACUGCAUUAUCUAUAAUCUCGGGAGGUUCCAAGAUUGCCAUACACUCUUUGUGCCUUUGCACCAGAAAUGACAUAUUCGAACUGGUUGGGCUCAACUAUCUCUGGCUGAAGUUUGACCCGGAAACAUCCAAAAUGAGUGGUGCUCCACCAGUCGACUUCCAGAACUUUAAGACGUUCGCCACGUUGCUUCGAGAUCGAUGGAUGACGUCAUCGAUCGAUGCGGAGGAGAUUCUGCUAGGAUUGAAGUAUAUCAGCGACUUGCAUGAGAUCAAAUGGAGCCUCGGCACCGACAACAAAGUCUAUGAAAACCUUGUGGAGAUUGCGGAGAGAUUCGGAAACACGCCAAUAUCACUUUUCAAUUAUGGAGAGUUGGUGAACACUGUCCAAGGAGCCAAGGCAAUGAUGCAGGUGUUGCAGGAUCCCACGAACAACACCAAAUCUGGCAAAAAGCAAAAGAAGAAGUCUGACGGUUCCUUGUACGAGGCGCUGGUCCAGUUCAAGCAUGGAAAGUAUAGCAAGGAAAAUAAUGACUCAUCGGAUACCGAUAUCGGAUAUGUUAGUAGAAGUUCGAGUGAAGACUUGAAUUCUAAACCAAGUAGACCAAGGUCUCCCAAUCUCCAAAUCGACGUCGCAUCUCACAAUUUCUUCGAUUCUAGCCAUUUGGAAGAGAUUGAGGAGAAAGUUGGAAAAGUUGAAGAAGAACUGGAAAACGAUCUGAAACUAGAUCAUAUUGCCUACGCUAUAAGAGAGGAGGAGGAGUUGGCGGAAUUCGAAGAGCUGGAGGAUGAGUUAGAGAUGGCUGAGGAGGGAAUCGUCAGAACCGACUUCAUUGUUUGCCGAGAUAAGAAUAUCUAUCUUGCCAAAUUAAAAGAAAAGAUCCGAACCGUAAGUGCUCCUCGGCCAGUCGUCAAUGUUCCCAUCCAAAGAAUGCCAUCUUCAAAUGACCUGGUUAUGAAGAAGCUUCAAGUCAAACAUGCUAUAUCCAACCUCGAUCUCCGUUCAUUUGGGAGUCAGUCUUCCCUCACCUCGUUAGAUUUUGGCACUGUGCCAGAUUUCGGAAGCCCCUUACAAUUUUCUAGCAAACCCAAUUUCCAACGAUCAAAAAUCCCUCUAGGAUCAUUCAGAAGUCCCAAAAAGCCCAUGAGUCGUACUGGUACCCCUACUAUGUACUCCUCAACACUUUCUAGAUUCAGUGAAAAACUCUAA